AUGUUGUGUGUCGAUCGAGUUCCCGGAAUUGGACGGAAUCGAUUCCGGUGCGGAAUUGAUUCCUCCAAUGUUCAACAUCGCGGAAUAGGAUGCAUUCUCUUUCAAUGUACAUCUGAACAGAAAUGUCUCUCACCUACGCUUGUGAAUGAUAAAAAAACGCAAUGUACUGGUCGGGAAGAUGAGCCUUUGAUUGAGGAUUUCGUAACAACGAUUCAUCAACUUCCUUUUUCUUCUUUUUGUAAUAACUGGACUGAUAUAGUUUCUAUAAAAAAUGAAACUGAUGAAACGCAUUGUGAACAAUGGCCAUGUGUAAAUCAAUAUACACGUUGUAAUGCAGCAUGGCAGUGUCCAAAAGGAAUUGAUGAAAUUAAUUGUUCAACAAGUUUUCAUUGUCCUGCAAAUCAUCAUCCUUGUUUGUCUCCAAAGAGCCGCAAGAUGGAUUGCUUACAUAUAAAUCGUAUUGAAGAUGAAAUUAUCGAUUGUCUUGGAUCAACUGAUGAGCGAUCUCAUUGUAGAUUACAAUAUCCAGAAAAUAUUUGGGCACGUUAUCGUUGUUGGAAUGACACAAAAUGUGUUUUAGCUUCGACUGCCUGCAAACAAUGCGGUGAGUUUAGCGACAUCCAUCAUCAAUGUAAUGAGUUCAAUAACAAAAUUAGUGGUAUUAUUAUCUAUUUCAAUUCCAUAGAGGACACCGGUUAUUUUAGAAAACAGUCAUUCUCUCAUAAAUCAUCACGUAGUUUUCCUCCAGUCCAAUUGCAAUUAUCAAUUCACAAGCAGAUACAAAAUGAUAUGAUAAAAACUGAAAAAAUGCCUACUAUUAAGCAUAUUAAUGAUCCAAGAUUAUGGUUAUGCAAUAAAGGAUUUGUGAUUUUGAUUGGUAAAAAUGAAAAAGAACAAUGUCUUUGUCCAGAAAGUUACUAUGGUGAUCUUUGUCAAUAUCAAAAUCAGCGUGUUAGUCUUACUAUUCGAUUACGUCAAGAAAAUUUGAAUAAAUUAAAUGUGAUUGGUGUUAUUAUUAGACUUGUUGAUCAUACUGGUUUUGUUCAUUCCUAUGAACAAAUUACGUACAAAUCCUUAAUUAAUUGUAACACUAAAUAUAAUAUGCAUCUUCUUUAUCAAAAUCGUCCGAAAGAUAUGACGCAGAAUUAUACAAUCUAUAUUGAUGCAUAUGAUAAAGUAAAUCUUAUUUAUCUCACAAGUUGGAUGUCUCCAGUCAAAUUUCUUUUUAUGCCUAUUAAUCGUAUGAGUGUUCAAUUAAAAAUUCCAGCAAAACAAGAUUGUAAUUUAUUAUGUAGUGAUAAAUAUCUAAUAUCAUUAACAAAUGACAAUGCUCAGUCUUGUCAAUGUUCAAAUUGGAUGAAUUCAGUUUCUACGCUACAACACAAAUGUAAUUGUUCGUUAGACUCGAUCUGUGUUGGUUUUAAAGAAAACCGAUCAAUUUGUCUUUGUCCUUUAAAUAAAACAGGACCCCGAUGUUAUCUUAAUUCAAUCUGUCAAAUGAAUAACAAAUGUAUGAAUAAAGGUAUUUGUAUACCACAUGAUUAUCAACAAUCUUUAACUAACUUCACAUGUGUUUGUCCAGAUGGAUUCUCUGGUGACUAUUGUGAAAAGACAGAUGUGAGAAUAGAUAUUUCAUUUUCUAAUGUAGAAACUCCAGAAUCUCUACUUGUUCACUUCAUUAAUGUUAUACCACGUGAUCAUUGGAGCGAGAAAACAGAACCGAUUCGGGUAACUAUGUUCAAGAAAAUUCUAUUCAAUGAAAAAACAGUAACUUUACAUAUGUCAUUACCCUUUCAGCUUGUUUUUGUUGAAUUUGAGAAUAUAUAUUAUCUUGUUAUUCUUCAACAUAAUUAUACAUCUUCAGUUACUUUUUCUACACAAAUCUCUCCAUCACAACGUUGUCCACACAUUCAAGAAGUAUUAGAGGAAGUUAUAGUUGGAUAUCCACAUCUUCGUCGUGUAAAAUAUUAUCAUACUAUAUGUCAACAUCGUUCUGAUCUCACUUGUUUCCAUGAUAAUUAUAUCUUUAUGUGUUUAUGUACAGAAGAAAGACAUGCAAAUUGUUUUCAUUUUGAUUUUAAUAUGACUUACAAUUGUUUAGGACAAAAUGAUUGUCAAAAUGAUGGACGAUGUUUUCAAGAUCAUCCACAUUGUCCAACAAAAAUAAUGUGUGUUUGUCAAGAAUGUUUUUUUGGUGAUAAAUGUCAACUUAGUACAAAACAUUCUGGUCUUUCACUUGAUUCUAUUUUGGGUUAUCAUAUUCAUCCACAUCUAACAUUAAUUCAACAACCAUUACCUGUUCAAAUUAGUAUCGCUUUAAGUACAUUAAUCCUCGUUAUUGGCAUUAUUAGUGGAAUUCUAUCCAAUCAGACAUUUCAAAUAAAGUCAACUCAAAAAACAGGUUGUGGUCUUUAUCUUUUUACUUCAUCAAUUACAUCAAUUUUAGUAAUCAUUUGUUUCUAUAUGAAAUUAUGGAUUCUUAUUUUUUCUCAAAUGAAUACUAUAACUUCUCGAUCUUUUCUUUUAUUUAAUUGUAUUUCAAGUGAAUUUAUUCUUCGAUUUCUAUUAGCAACAACUGAUUGGUUACAUGCGUCUGUGACAAUUGAAAGAUUUUUUGUUGUGUUUCGUGGUGUUCAGUUUGAUAAGGCAAAGAGUCGAAAAUUAGCUAAACUAAUUAUAUUUAUCAUUUUUAUAUUAACUGCUGCAUCUAUUGUUCAUGAUCCAUUUCAUCGUCAUCUAAUUGAUGAUACUGAAGAUCAAAGAACAUGGUGUUGGGUUAAAUUUACAUCUGAAGUGGAAAGCUAUAACAGAUUUAUUAAUAUAUUUCAUUUUAUUAUUCCUUUUUCACUAAAUGUUAUCUUAGUCAUUGGUAUUAUGAUUAUUACUGCAAGACAACGUUCAUCUGCACAAAGAAUAUUUACCUUUCAACAACAACUCAAACGUCAAUUUGAUCAGCAUAAACAUCUUAUAUUUAGUUCAUUUUUAUUGAUUAUUUUGGCAUUACCUCGUCUCAUCAUUUCUUUUCUACCUAAUUGUAUGAAAUCACCAAAAGAAUAUAAAUUAUUCUUGGCUAGUUAUUUUAUUUCGUUUAUUCCACCUAUACUUCAUUUUUUCGUUUUCGUAUUAACAUCGGAAAUAUACAAAAAAGAAUUUACCACAAUGUUUAAACAAAAAUGGGAAAUAUUUCGACGUUGGUUUUUUCCAAUUCGUGUAUUAAGCACAAGAAAUUGA